CACCACCACAGUCAUCCCCAUCACAGCUGCACCCACCCCCUAGUGCCGUGCUCAGUUGUCAGCGACGGCCGCUGCGCCCAGCAGCAGGCGCACGUUCACUGACUCGGCAACGCCUUUUGACUUGCUCGGAACAGCAAGCAGCGGCAGCAGCAGCAGCACCAACAACACCACCACCACCGUCGUUACCUCCACACACACACAGAGAGAGAGAGGGGCCGGUGUUGCGGAGAGUUCGAGCCACAGCAGCGAUAUGGACGGCGACAACAAAAGCACGAGCGUCGUGGCACAGGAGACGGCCCACCUGGAGGAGCAGCUGCAAGGCUGGGGGGAGGCUUUGCUGGCUGCAGACCGUGUACUUCGCUGGGAGAAACCGUACUUCCCAGCUCUCGUCGUUUCUGCAACAACUUUAAUCUUCCUAGUGAUUUACUGGCUGGACCCAUCUGUGCUUACGGGCCUCUCAAUCGUGGUGAUGUUGGUCUGCCUGGCAGAUUACCUUAUUCCAACCCUCACUGCUAAGUUCCUCAGUUCAAAGCAAUGGACUACGGAACAGCAGCAGCGCUUUCAUGAGAUCUGCAGCAGUCUGGUGAAGGCUCGCCUGUCUGUAGCUCACUGGGGACAUCAACUGUUGGCACUUAAAGAGGAGAAGCCCAAAGUGUACUUCAUCUCCAUUACUACUGUCCUAGCUCUGGCUGCUUGGAUUGGUCAGCAAGUUCAUAACCUUCUUCUUACUUUCCUGAUUGUGACUUUUCUGCUGCUCUUUCCUGGACUCACCCAACAAGGGAUAAUCUGCAGUUAUGUGGGCAUGGCAAAACGAGAGAUCAACAAGCUCCUUAAACGCAAGGAGAAGAAAGCAGAAUGAAAACCCUUUCUCAUUGCUGCACUGCUCUGGUAUAAUUAACGUAGAGUGGACCAGUCUACUUGCUCCAAGUUAGCCUGCAAAAUGUAGUUGUACGCUAUAGCAGAACAUUAAUGUGUUAGGAUUUUGUAUUUACUGGUGUGACCAUGUGUAAUCUAUUUUGAGGUUUGAUGCAAAUGCACUGUGCAUCAAUUUUGCAUGAUGGGUUUGCUGCCUAGAGGUUGUUUAAAGAAAUGGCAUUUUAAUAAGCUCUGACUGAAAUUUUGAUUUAAAGCUUUCGUGACUGCAGGGAUUCAUAUUCUUGGUUCUUUCGGUAAAGUCACGUAGAAGGGAAACAAUAAAAUCAUAAAAAUAUAAAACAAAAAUAUGAAACAAUAAAAUUGUUUUAUUGAAACAAUAAAAAUUUUUAUUGAAACAAUAAAAUAGUUUUAUAUUUUUAUUAUUUUAUUGUUUCCCUACUACGUGACUUUACCGAAAGAACCAAGAAUAUAUGCUCUGACUGCAUUAUAAUGAUUAGUAGUUGUGUGUCUACAUGUUUCCGAAACGUCUUCAGAAAACAUUUCAAGGGCGCUUCAACAGUGGGACUAUGAUAUAUUUGCUCUGUAGAUGUAGAAACGUUUAGAUGUUCUACAAAAAACUAUAUUAUGCAUGGGGUGAAUUCUCAACCACAUACUUUGGUGUCACACUGGAGAUUCUUGCACUAAACGAUCGGUGUUAACGUUUUACUCUUUGCCAUUCUUAUUAUUCCCACAAGUAUUUACCAAUGUAUUUUUUAAUUUGUCGGUCCUUUUGCAUAGGUGCUUUUCUAGAAUAGAAUCUUCAUUUUAAGUAGAAAAUUUGCUUUCAAAGCUUUAAAUACACUGAACUAAGAAGCCACAGAUACAGUAAAACCGCGAUGUAAUUUUGGCGUGAGAAAACAUAUAACGUAAAUGGAUGAAAGAAAAAUACAAAUAAAGAUUGGUUUGCAAAUGGUGUGUCACCGUAAAGUCCCAAAUGUUAAGUGGCGAAUCCAACACCUACAUCCCCUCCAUUGGUCACGGGGGAGGUGGCAAACGGCCAUCAUCCCUUUCAGCUCCCUCAGUCACACAUGUGCAAUUGGGCAGACAUAUGCAUGUAUUUUCCAUUAUCACGUGGAUAGCCUAUAACGAAGGUGUUGUAUGUCUUCCAAUGCCUAUGAUAUAUCCAGCCUUUACUGGAUUUAAUUAUUGAACCCACAAAAAAUGCAUUACCUGAAAUACUAGAUCAGAGUACUGAAACAUUGUGGGAGGACAAAACUAUUGUGGUUUUGAGUCCAGAAUUAGUCAUCUAAAUGGCAACACCUUACACAUGGCAUUUUGGUAACUAAAGAUGCAAAUUGAAAUGUGGUUUAACGAGUGCAGUUCGAAGGAAAUAAGCAAUGACCAACCAUAAUAAUGGAAGCUUUUUUCUUAUUAACUUCAGAUUUUGUUCCAGUAACUUAUUGGCAGUGUUUUUCAGUCGGGGAUCCCUGCAAGUCACCCUUGAAUGAACAUUAAAAUGCUAAUUUUAUAAGCCAAGUUGAACUAACAGCACCGGCAUACAAAACUUACCUUCAUUUAUAAUUUUAAUAUAUGCACAAUAUCAAUGUCAGUGCAUCUUUGAACAGUAUCACGAGGAUGGAGAUGAAUUUAUUUGCUGGUUCUGUUAAGUGAAACUGCCCGUAAGUGCACAAUUGUACAUGAGGGAAGUUUGAAAAAGGCACCAUGUGUAUUAAAUUUAUGCUUAAAGAA